CUAAGCAUCUCUGAAACAUUGCAACAUGUGCAAUCUGGAAACCGGGAUUUACCCGGCAGCUAAUUUCUCUUCUUCAUCGAAAUUUCUAGGAGGGAAUCGUGAUUACGCGUUACUAUAUAAAUUGAUCGCAGAACUGUCUGUUCAUAAUAUUGAUUUUCUCCUUUUGGGCUUAGAAGUUCGCAGAAUUUAUUAUAGGGCAUUCACAAUAUUAAGGUACUCUAUUUCAAUCCCACUCUCUGAAUUCAAGCUCAAGAGGAAAUUAUAUGAUUUGCACUCUUCAAUAAUCCGAAAAAUGAACAAAAACCCCAUUUAAUCUUUCUGUAUUGCUUUCUAUUGAAAAAAAAAAAAGGAAAAAAAAAAAGAAGAAGCUGCGUUCUUUUCUUGACUUCUACCUUCGCCUGUAUUAGAAUUGCUUGUUCAUUAUUUGUCUAAUCGAUUGAGUAAUGGAUCUUUUCUGGGUUCAAGAAGGAGACCCUUUCGGUUCCUUUGCAAUCUUUUGAGGUCGUUUGCUCAAAUAGAGAUUUGAGUGUAUAUUGAAAAGGAUCAGAAGUUAAGAAAUUGUUGUGUAUAUUAAUGGAUAACAAUACUUACCAUUCAUCUCCAUCACCAUACCCAUAUAACCUCGCAUAUGGCUACCCUCGCGUGCCACCACCGUCAAAACAACCAUACCCAUCUCACAAUUCUGCUCCAUUCCCUACUUCCCCAGCUUCAGGUCCAGGUCCAUAUCCAUAUCCACAAUAUUCCCAUUAUCCACCACCUUACAACAAUUCCAAUUCUGUCACUCCAAGUUAUCCAUAUCCCGGUCCACCACCAGCACCCCCUCAGUUGGGGCCGUUACAAUACAGUUACCCCCCACCAUCUUAUUCUGGCCCGCCUCAUUACACAUACCACAGAUAUCCAGCUCCUUCUCCAACAUCUGCCCCGCUUCAGUCUACCGUCCAAACAUUUGGUAGUUUCCAAUAUGGUUCAUCCCAUUAUCACCACCACCAUCAGUAUUCCGCAGAAUUCCAGCCUCUGGAUAACCAGUCUGAGACUCCACCUAGAUUUAGCAGUGAAUACUCCAUCCACCACGAUUACCAAGAUAGUUCAUUGUCCGUGGGUGGUUCUAAAGUGAAUUAUGAUCGUCUUGAUGAUAGUUCCCCUAGUUACCCUCCACUUUACCCACCCAUCGACAAUCUCAUGGCAAAUGUGCACUUGUCUGAUAGUCACCAUAUGGCUUCUGCCCUUGCCUCCCCUUCAUCCUCAUCAGUGCCUAUUUCCCCUCAAUCUGGACUACCAGCUAAAAUGCAUAAUGGGAAUGGUACUAUGUAUGGAUAUCCUAAUACCUCCUUUUCAAGUUCGGAGGCAUCUUCUAUGGGCUGGGAAGAGUCCCCUUCCCAUCCUACUUUGCCGCAUUUGACCUCGAAUGCUGAUUCAUCCCACGGUGAGAGUAUGCAGGUUAUGCUUGUUCCAUCUAAUAAACUGUCUUUGAAAGUUUUGCUCUUGCAUGGAAAUUUAGAUAUUUGGGUCUAUGAAGCAAAAAACCUUCCAAACAUGGAUAUGUUUCACAAAACUAUAGGAGACAUGUUUAACAGAUUACCAGGGAAUAUGAGCAGCAAGAUUGAAGGGCAAAUAAACCGUAAGAUUACAAGUGAUCCUUAUGUCUCCAUCACUGUAGCAGGUGCUACAAUCGGAAGGACUUACGUGAUAACAAAUAAUGAAAAUCCUGUAUGGAAGCAACAUUUCAAUCUUCCUGUUGCUCAUUACGCUGCUGAAGUGCUCCUUGUUGUCAAGGAUGACGAUGUUGUGGGAUCACAGCUUAUAGGGACAGUCUCUAUUCCUGUAGAGCAUUUAUAUGGAGGCACAAAAAUUACAGGGUUCUUUCCUGUCCUUGGUAAUAAUGGGAAACCUUGCAAGUCUGGAGCUGUUUUGAGUCUCUCAAUUUGUUAUACUCCUAUGGAGCAAUUGAGCAUUUACCACCAUGGAAUUGGAGCCGGUCCUGAUUAUAAUGGAGUUCCUGGGACGUAUUUUCCGCUUAGGAGAGGCGGAAUUGUCACCCUCUAUCAGGAUGCUCACGUACCUGAUGGAUUCCUCCCAAAUUUGAAGCUUGAUAAUGGGAUGAAAUAUGUGCACGGGAAAUGCUGGCGGGAAAUCUUUAAUGCAAUAUGUCAAGCUCGAUUUUUGAUUUAUAUUGCUGGAUGGUCAGUGUGGCACAACGUUAGACUAGUUAGGGACGAUAAUUCUGUGUCAGGUUGCACUCUGGGAGAACUUCUGAAGUCAAAGUCACGGGAAGGAGUGAGGGUGCUGCUUCUCGUAUGGGAUGAUCCUACAUCAAGAAGCAUACUUGGGUACAAAACAGAUGGAGUCAUGCAAACUCACGAUGAAGAAACUCGUCGUUUCUUCAAACAUUCUUCUGUGCAAGUGCUGCUUUGUCCUCGAGCAGCUGGGAAGCGUCACAGCUGGAUGAAGCAGAGGGAAGUUGAAGCCAUUUACACCCACCAUCAGAAAACUGUGAUAGUGGAUACUGAUGCUGGAAAUAAUCGAAGAAAAAUCAUUUCAUUUCUUGGAGGGCUAGACUUGUGUGAUGGCCGAUAUGAUACUCCUCAGCAUUCUUUAUUUAGAACACUGCAUACUUGGCACUCUGAUGACUAUCGCAACCCCACUUAUACGGGUAAUGUUUCUGGUUGUCCAAGAGAACCAUGGCAUGACUUGCACUGUAAAAUCGAUGGCCCAGCAGCAUAUGAUGUUCUGACCAAUUUCGAGGAACGAUGGUUGAAGGCUUCAAAGCCCCAUGGGAUAAAAAAAUUGAAGAUGGCAUAUGAUGAUGCUUUGCUCCGAAUAGAAAGAAUACCCGAAAUACUAGGAAUUUCUGAUGCUCCUUGUGUAAAAGAUGAUGAUCCUGAAGGUUGGCAUGUUCAGGUGUUUCGUUCAAUAGAUUCAAAUUCUGUCAAAGACUUCCCAAAGGAUCCUAAAGAGGCUACAUUAAGGAACUUGGUUUGUGGGAAGAAUGUACUUAUAGAUAUGAGCAUACAUACAGCAUAUGUAAAGGCCAUCCGUGCUGCUCAACAUUUCAUUUAUAUUGAAAAUCAGUACUUCAUUGGGUCCUCAUACAACUGGAAUCAAUAUAAGGAUCUUGGUGCUAAUAAUUUGAUUCCAAUGGAAAUUGCCCUCAAAAUCGCCGACAAAAUAAGAGCACAUGAGAGGUUUGCAGCAUAUAUUGUCAUUCCAAUGUGGCCAGAGGGUAAUCCAACAGGUGCUGCUACACAAAGAAUUUUGUUUUGGCAGAAUAAAACAAUGCAAAUGAUGUACGAGACCAUUUACAAGGCUUUGGUAGAGGUAGGACUUGAGGAUGCGUACUCACCACAAGAUUAUUUGAACUUCUACUGUCUUGGCAAUCGUGAGGCUCUUGAUGUUGGUAAACCAACCGAGAGUCACAAUGCAACAAACAGUCCUCAGGGAUUCAGUCGGAAAUACAGAAGAUUCAUGAUAUAUGUCCAUUCAAAAGGAAUGAUAGUAGAUGAUGAGUAUGUGAUAUUGGGGUCUGCAAAUAUCAAUGAACGGUCCUUGGAGGGUACUAGGGACACAGAGAUUGCUAUGGGGGCCUAUCAACCUCAUCACACAUGGGCAAGAAAACUAUCGAGUCCACAUGGACAGAUAUAUGGAUAUAGAAUGUCUCUUUGGGCUGAGCAUCUUGGAGUUUUAGAGGACUGCUAUACCCGGCCAGAGUCUGUAGAAUGCGUCCGAAAGGUUAGAUCAAUGGGUGAGGCAAACUGGAAGCAAUUUAAAUCUAAUGAGAUCUCGGAAAUGAGAGGACACCUUCUGAAGUAUCCAGUUGAAGUUGAUAGGAAGGGCAAAGUGAAGCCCCUGAAUGGAUGUGAGACUUUUCCUGAUGUUGGAGGAAGUAUAGUGGGCUCAUUCAUUGCCAUUCAAGAAAACUUGACGAUCUAAAUUCUCUGUUAUCCAAUUCAUGAAUCACAAGAAGCAUUCAUAUCCAUAUGAUUCAGGGAAUCAGUGUUGAAGAAGGUGCUUUUUUGGGGCUAUAGUUUUUUGGUUGUGAAGAGAGAGAAGUGAUCGGUCAUAUUAAUAGAAAUUGUAAAGCAAUCUUUUUUUUUCUUAUUGAUAUACAUCAUAACCUCACAGUCCAACUUUUAUUGAAUCAUCAGGCAGUUGUAAUUGGCAGAGUAAUGAAGGUUAGAGUUGAAGGAUUUUGUUUUUCUCCUGUUUUGUCAGUUUGGAGUAAUAGAAUGUUUUACACCUCG